GGAGGUGUCAUGCCCCAUAGCAGGUGUUGUCGCACAUCAGUGGGGUCACCUCUAGCAAAACUGGAGCCUCCCUGGUCUACUCCAUGCCCUCCCGGAACGUGUCCCUGCGGCUCCAGGGCCUGCAGGAGAAAGACUCUGGGCCCUACCUCUGUUCUGUGAAUGUGCAAGCCAGUCAAGGCAAAGAGAGCAGAGUUCACAGCAGCAGAACGUUAGAACUCAAUGUGCUGGUUCCUCCAGCUCCUCCAUCCUGCCACCUCCGGGGCGUGCCCCGCGUGGGGACCAACGUGACCCUGGGCUGCCAGUCCCCAAGGAGCAAGCCUGCUGCCCAAUACCAGUGGGUGCGGUCGCCCCCAUCCUCCCAGGUUUUCUUUGCGCCAGCUUUAGGUGAGGGGACUUCUGGAGACAACCGAGAGUGUGGCUGGGGUGGGGGAAACGAGGUACCAGAGGGGCUAGGGUGCAGGGGGAGGCAAGGCUGAAGAGCACUGGGUGGAGGAGGAGGAUGUGGGGAGGGGGCUGGAGAAAGAGGGCCUGGCAGGUGCAGGCGCUGUAGUGGGUGCUUUCCCGAGCUGUGCACUGACGGUACUU